AUGAAAACGACAAAGGAGCGGCUGAGCGAAGGCGCGAGCGGCGCUUUUAUGUUUUUCUCGGAGGACCAGCAGCUGAUCGUCAAGAGUAUGAGCGAGGGCGAGGCGUCGUUCCUGCAGUCGAUUGCGGCCGACUACGCGGCGUUUCUUUUGACGCAUCCCGAGAGCCUCCUCACCCGAUUCUUUGGGUGCCACUCGGUGCAUCUCUACGGCACGAUGUUUCAUUUUGUCGUCAUGUCCAACCUCUUCUCGGACCACACAAAGAUCAUCCAUCGUCGGUACGACAUCAAAGGGUCGUGGGUGAACCGAUCGGCCAAGCAGCCCACCAAAGGCAAGAAGGUGACGUGUCGCCAUUGCAACGGCAAGUACGUGUUUGGGUCUGUCGAGGGCAACGUGUGCCCCCUGCGCGUCGGCACGCACGAACCGAACGUGAUUUUGAAAGACAACGACUUGACGCAAAAGGUGCGGCUGGACCCGGUCGUCGCCGAGGAGCUGUACGACCAGAUCACGAAGGAUGCCGGGUUCCUCUGCAACCACGGCAUCAUGGACUACUCUUUGCUCAUGGGCGUCCACAACGUCGAGUACCGUGUGUCGGCCGAUAUCGACCUCUCCGGGCCCAUGCUCGACAACAGCCUCCUCCUCAACCCCAACAUCACGCGCGGGUCCAAGCCGGCGCAGCCCACGGCCCGCAACUUGAGUAUCGGCGUUGGGGACAGCACACUCCUCGACAACGAGGACAGCGACGUUCAUUUAGACGAUGACGACGACACCCGAGCGCCGAUCCGGGCCACAGGCACUCGCAAGGCCAACACGGUCGUCGGGCCAUCGUGCUACUACUUUGGUAUCAUCGACAUUCUCCAGCUGUGGAACUUUGACAAGAAGCUCGAGCGCAACACCAAGGUCCUUCUGCUACGAAAGGACCCCGAUGGACUCUCGGCGCUUCCACCGACAAAGUACAAGGACCGAUUCUGCUCCAAGAUGGCCGACAUCUUGCGCGUCGGUGUCCACGAUGAAGCGUACAAGGCUGUCAACAUGUGGGACGAAGCAGAGCCUAACACGCACCACGUGGUGCCGGCCACCGACGACGCUGGCCUCGAGCCACGUGAGGCCACGUCCAAGCGACUGUACCUUUAA